UAGUGAGAUCUGGACUGUGUUUACGGAAGUAUGAGUGACGUGUCAGUGUGCACUCAGGCAUUGUGGGAUCGGAACGGUGCAGCAAAUGGUGAAGAUAGGAUCCGUGAAGCCCAGGCUGAAAUAUACAAAUAUUAAACUCUAAACUGGACAUCUACCUGGGUGAUGAAUACAAUGAAUGCAAUAAGAACUGAGGUUUAAGAACACAAAUAAAACAAGUGUGUGCGUGCCAUCACCACUGCCGAUUUGGGGAUUGACAGAGGGUUGCAAAGAAGAUAGUGGCACAGCCUAUGGACGCUGAUUAUAGUACACUUUUUUUUUUUUUUUUUUUUUGUAUACAGAAGACGAACCAAUAGGCCAGGUCGUCCUCUCUAGGAUUCCGAUUAUUUUAUUUUAACCUUUAAUUUAUACAUAAGCUUACGGAAACAGCAAGGGAAAAAAUGUCGACCAGUACCCCAGAAGCGGUGAAGAAAUUAGUAGACAAUAUGCAGACUGAUUUGCGGUCUCUCUCUAUGGAGUGCAAGAAAAAAUUUCCUCCUGUGAAAGAGGCAGCUGAAUCAGGCAUAGUGAAAAUCAAAACAAUAGCUGCAAGAAAAACGGGUAUCUUGGCAGCUCUUAAAGAAAACAGCUCAGAGGUGGUUCAGCCCUUUUUAAUGGGCUGUGGAACGAAGGAGCCGAAGAUAACCCAGCUUUGCCUGGCAGCUAUUCAGCGACUCAUGACACAUGAAGUCGUUUCUGAGACUGCAGCUGGGAAUAUUAUCAACAUGCUGUGGCAGCUGAUGGAGAACGGGCUCGAGGAACUCAAGCUGCUUCAGACAGUGCUGGUACUUCUAACAACAAACACAGUCGCACACGAUGAAGCGCUCUCCAAGGCGAUUGUGGUGUGCUUUCGACUGCACUUCACAAAAGACAACAUUACCAACAACACAGCUGCAGCAACUGUGCGGCAGGUGGUAACGGUGGUGUUUGAAAGAAUGGUUGCUGAAGAUGAACGUCACAAAGGUAUUAUAGAGCAACCACCAGCAGUUCAAGGCAACAGUAACAGAAGAUCAAGCAGUACCCUCAGACCCUGUGCUAAAGAUGCCUACAUGCUUUUUCAGGACCUUUGCCAGUUAGUCAAUGCAGAUGCCCCUUAUUGGCUUGCUGGCAUGACAGAAAUGACUCGGACGUUUGGCCUUGAACUCCUGGAGUCUGUUUUGAACGAUUUUCCCCAAGUGUUUUUACAACACCAGGAGUUCAGUUUUCUUCUGAAAGAGAGAGUUUGUCCAUUGGUAAUUAAACUCUUCUCUCCGAAUAUCAAGUUCAGGCAGGGCAGCAAUGCCACCUCUUCCCCAGCUCCAGUUGAAAAGCCUUAUUUUCCAAUUUGCAUGCGCUUGCUCCGAGUGGUGUCAGUUCUAAUCAAGCACUUCUUCAGCCUUUUGGUUACCGAAUGUGAGAUUUUUUUGUCCUUGCUGGUUAAAUUUCUGGAUGGUGAUAAACCCCAGUGGCUUAGAGCUGUUGCAGUUGAAUCUAUACACAGACUCUGCGUACAACCUCAUUUGUUACGGUCGUUUUGUCAGUCUUAUGAUAUGAAGCAACAUUCAACUAAGGUCUUCAGAGACAUAGUCAAUGCCUUGGGAUCCUUCAUACAGUCCCUCUUUAUUGUACCCAAUGUUGGAAACCCAGCCAUUGUAAACACACCAGCAGGUGCUGCUGGCGCAGGCGGCCCAGCUACAGCACAGAGUGGCCCGGGAGCAGCUGGGGUGAGCGGAGGAGUGACUCCACAACCUGCCUUUGAGUACAGGGGGACCUGGAUACCAAUAAUGACAGUUACUGUGCAAGGAAGUGCUAAAGCAACUUAUUUGGAGAUGCUUGACAAGGUAGAACCUCCAUCAAUUCCUGAAGGCUAUGCCAUGUCUGUGGCCUUCAGCUGCCUGCUGGACCUUGUCCGAGGCAUUACAUCAAUGUUAGAAAAGGAGCUAGGUCAAAGUGCCCCCCAAACCAGCCCAGAUCCAGCCAUGGUACAGAAACAGUCUUCUGAGCAAAGUGAUAAGGAGCCUGGCACGAGGGCAGUAUGGGUAGAGAUGGUUAAUGCUUGCUGGUGCGGCCUUCUUGCUGCUUUGUCUCUGCUUCUGGAUGCCAGCACGGAUGAAACCGCCACUGAGAACAUACUUAAAGCAGAAUUGACCAUGGCCUCGCUCUGCGGAAGACUCAGCCUUGUCACUCCCAGAGAUGCCUUCAUUACAGCUAUCUGCAAAGCUUCCUUGCCACCGCAUUAUGCCCUGACUGUACUAAGCAGCUCGGCUUCCACCCUUACAAACAAGUCAUUCUCUAUCCAGGGGCAGAAUGUUCAGAUAAUCAGCCCUUCCAGUGAAUCUCACCAGCAGGUGGUGGCGGUUGGGCAACCCCUUACUGUCCAGCCCCAGGGCACAGUUGUGCUUACUGCAAAAAACAUUCAGUGUAUGCGGACAUUGCUAAAUUUAGCCCAUUGCCACGGGGCAGUUCUUGGGACAUCCUGGCAGCUGGUCUUGGCAACUCUUCAGCACCUUGUGUGGAUUCUGGGGCUGAAACCUGGGAGUGGAGGUGCCUUAAAACCAGGAAGAGCCGUUGAGGGGCCAAGCACAGUUUUGACAACAGCAGUGAUGACAGAUUUGCCAGUAAUUGCCAAUAUUCUUUCCAGACUGUUUGAGAGCUCACAACACCUUGAUGAUGUGUCACUGCAUCACCUGAUAAAUGCUUUAUGUUCCUUAUCUAUGGAAGCUAUGGAUAUGGCUUAUGGGAAUAACAAGGAGCCUUCUCUCUUUGCUGUUGCUAAAUUGCUUGAAACAGGACUGGUUAAUAUGGACAGAAUUGAAAUUCUGUGGAGACCUCUGACAGGCCACCUCCUGGAGGUUUGCCAGCAUCCAAACUCUAGAAUGAGAGAGUGGGGAGCUGAAGCAGUGACAGCUCUCAUAAAGUCAGGCCUGAUAUACAAACAUGAGCCAGCACUGUCACAGAACCAGAGGCUGCAGUUGCUGUUGCUGAACCCACUGAAGGAACUGUCAAACAUUGUCCAUGCUGAUAUCCGACAGAAGCAGCUGGAGUGUGUCCUACAGAUUUUACAGAGCCAGGGUGACAGUUUGGGCCCUGGCUGGCCCCUUGUUCUGGGUGUCAUUGGAGCAAUCCGGAAUGAUCAAGGAGAAUCGUUAAUUCGAACAGCAUUCCAGUGCCUGCAGUUAGUUGUGACAGAUUUUCUGCCAACUAUGCCUUGCACAUGUCUACAGAUUGUGGUGGAUGUUGCUGGCAGCUUUGGACUUCAAAAUCAAGAACUGAAUAUUAGCCUGACUUCAAUAGGUCUUUUGUGGAAUAUCUCUGAUCACUUUUUCCAAAGAGGAGAAACUAUUGAAAAUGAGCUAGAUAAAGAGGAGGCAAUUUUGGAGAAGCAGGCAAAAGAAAAAGGCGUUCCUCUGAACCGUCCAUUUCACCCUGCGCCACCCUUUGACUGCCUCUGGCUGUGUCUCUAUGCCACGCUGGGUGAGCUGUGUGUGGAUCCACGUCCGGCUGUGAGAAAGAGUGCAGGACAGACGCUCUUCUCUACCAUCACCGCUCAUGGAACCUUACUGCAGCAGGCUACCUGGCACACCGUCGUCUGGAAGGUUUUAUUCCAUCUGUUGGAUCGUGUUAGAAAAUCGUCAACUACAGCGGACAAGGAGAAGAUUGAAUCAGGAGGAGGCAACAUCCUCAUCCAUCAUUCAAGAGACACCGCUGAGAAACAGUGGGCAGAGACCUGGGUCUUAACUUUGGCUGGGGUCGCCAGAAUCUUUAACACCAGGAGAUAUUUACUGCAGUCCUUAGGUGACUUCUUCAAAGCCUGGGAGGUUCUUUUGGGUCAUAUUCAAUCAGCAGCGCUCAGCAAGAACAACGAAGUGUCGCUGGCAGCUCUGAAGAGCUUCCAGGAAAUUUUACAAAUAGUGACUCCAGUGAAAGACUCAGAGAAACCAGACGCGCUCUCAGCCGUGAACAUGCCUAUCCUUAUCGAUCCAGUGACUGCCUCCGGCCCCGGCAGACCACUUGAAAGAACAGAUUCGCUCGGGGAAAGGCUCUCAAGAUACAAUGGAGCUGAACAGAUCCCGCCUCCUGCCGAGAUUGAAGAUUCUGCCCUUUGGUGGUCUGCUUGGAACGCCUGGUACAGGAUAGGGACUGAUAGUACAAAACCACCAACCAGUUCUGAGAAACUGGCAUUUAUACCCAGCCAGCCUUUUCUUACCGCCCUCAUUCAGAUAUUCCCAGCACUCUACCAGCACAUCAAAACAGGGUUCAGCAUGGACGAUCUGAAAAAACUAGGAGUCAUACUGCAUGGUGCAGUCUCUGUUCCCAUCAGUUCCGACGCUUCUCCUUUCAUUCUGCCGUCUUAUACAGAAGCAGUAUUGACAAGUCUUCAGGAAGCCGUUUUGACAUCUUUAGAUGUCUUACAGAAGACUCUGUAUAACAGUGCACCAGGAAAAGAGCUACAGGCAAUCUGUGUUGGACCAGAAAGCAUGCAGGUCAUGUACCCGGCCAUCUUUGACCAGCUUUUGUUGUUUGUGGAAUUCUCUUGUAAACCUCCGCAGUAUGGAAAACUAGAAACAAAACACGUCGCUAACGCCAAGUAUAACCAGAUCCAACUAUUUGCACCGGCAGAGUGGGUAGCCUUGAACUAUGUUCCAUUUGCUGAAAAGUCAUUAGAAGUGGUCUCGGAUUUAUAUCAGAAGACUGCAUGUCAUAAAGCUGUGGUCAGUGAGAAAGUACUUACAAAGAUUAUAAAGACCUUGAGAAUGCCACUCAGUUUGAAAUAUGCCUGCCCAUCUGAAAGUACGUGGAAGUUAGCGGUUUCGUCCCUGUUGAAAGUGCUGUCUAUCGGACUGCCAGUUGCGAGACAGCAUGCUUCAUCUGGAAAAUUUGACACCAUGUGGCCAGAACUUGCCAAUGCAUUUGAAGACUUCCUAUUUACAAAAAGCACACCACCCGAUAAUCUGUCCAUUCAGGAAUUUCAGAAAAAUGAAGGCGUAGAUGUUGAGGUUGUGCAACUCAUCAGCACAGAGAUUUUGCCUUUUGCUAAUUUUAUUCCCAAGGAGUUUGUUGGCCAGAUAAUGGCAAUGCUCAAUAAAGGGUCCAUUCACUCUCAGUCGUCUUCAUUUACAGAAGCAGAGAUUGAUAUCCGGAUGAGAGAAGAAUUUUCCAAAGUGUGUUUUGAGACACUCUUACAGUUCUCCUUCAGCAACAAAGUAACGACUCCUCAAGAAGGUUACAUCUCCCGAAUGGCACUGUCAGUGCUCUUAAAAAGAUCACAAGACGUGCUGCAUCGCUAUGUGGAGGAUGAGAGGUUAAGUGGCAGAUGUCCACUCCCGAGGCAACAGGUGACUGAAAUAAUCUUUGUUUUAAAAGCAAUCAGUACUCUAAUGGACUCACUCAAGAAAACGCAGCCUGAAAAUGUUGACGCCAAUACCUGGGCACAGGUAAUUGCAUUGUAUCCAACACUGGUUGAAUGUAUCACCUGCUCAUCAUCGGAGGUCAGUUCAGCAUUGAAAGAAGCACUUGGUCCCUUUAAAGACUUUAUGCAGCCACCAGUAACCAAAGUGCAAAACGGAGAGUCUUGACCAAUACCAGAAACUUUAAAGAGUGGAUUUUUAUGAAGAAGAUUUUUCUGACUGUAAAAUGAGGGGGUCUUUAUUAAAUAUAAACCUCUGUAACAGACAGUAACCCGGGGCAACUGUGAGACUCAAAAGUCUGAACUACAUCAAUUGAAAUCUAUGUACAAUGUAAAACAGUAAUUGAAACUGACUGGAUGGACUUAAUUAAUUACCUGCUACAGUAAAGCGCAGUGGGGGGGGGUUCUGAUGGGAGGGUAAGUGUACAGUGUGUGGUGACAGUGUUAAUGAUGUAAUUAAAAAUAAAGUAUUAGAACUUUAUUGAUCUUAAAUAAAUAAAUGAUAAAAACA